AUGGAACUGAAGAGAGGAAAGACCUUCAUCAAAUCCAGCCUGCAGAUUUCCCACGAGAAACCCACAGACCCGGCAGCCACUGUCCCCACCAGGGAGGAUGUAGGCCCCCGGUCAGUCCCGCUGGGGGGGCAGCAGAGGUCCCACGGUGAAAAAGACCCACAGGCCAGUCCCAGAGGCCAAAAGUAUGAGAGAUGCCCCGACCAGGGUGCACAGCCAGACCCUGACGGGAGUCUGGCAGCCCCCUGUGAGGCCACCUUUAAGCUGAUACGAAAAAGCAAGACUCACAACAGUGUGCCAGGGGCUGGCAGGGCAGCAGCCACCACUGGGCAGCUGGUAGGCAGUGCUAGCUUCCCGGGGCCCUCGGGCAGCCAGCGAAUGAUCGACUACCGCCACUUUGUGCCCCAGAUGCCCUUCGUGCCGGCUGUGGCCAAGAGCAUCCCAAGGAAGAGAAUUUCCCUGAAACGGCCUAAGAAGUGCUUUCGGAACCUCUUCCACAUUCGCAGAAACAAGACUGAGAACUUGGCCUCACUGGAAGCCAAGGGGAAGAGCUCACUCUCCCCUGGGGGCCCAUCGGAUGCUGGAGGGCGGCAAGGCAAAGCCUUCCUCCCCCUGGGUGAAGCGCCAGGGCCAGACAGCCUGUGUCAGGACCUGUCAGACAGUGAGCUCCUGACGGACUCGCCCUUCGACCUCUGCAGGGCCCUGUGCGAGGACGUGGCCUCGCUCCAGAGCUUCGACUCGCUCACGGGCUGUGGGGAGAUCUUUGCCGACGAGAGCUCAGUGCCAUCCCUGGAGCUGAACGAAGGCCUGGGGAGCCCAGCUGGGGCUCCCCAGGACCUGGAGGGCAAGGUCCCCAGGGGCCCCUUCCAGGGCAGUGUGGAGCAGCUGGCCUCGCCUGCCCAGAGCGAGGCGGCUGACUUCGCCAAGUUCUGGGACAGUGUGAAUCGCUCAGUGAGGCAGCAGCGUGGCCUGCUGGGCCCAUGGCUUGCGGCCCCCCUGGGCACAGACACAGACCAGCACAGGCUGGAUGUGGCUGGGCUCGCCCAGCUGCCCUUGUGCCCCUGCAGGGAUCCCCGGAGCGGCUCCAAAGCUAGCUCUGUUGACACAGGUACCCCCAAGAGUGAGCAGCCGGAAUCUGUGUCCACGAGUGACGAGGGCUACUAUGACUCCUUCUCGCCGGGCCUGGAGGAGGACAGGAAGGAGGCCACAAGCCCAGGUACACCCGCAGCCCCCUUUCCACGGGACAGCUACAGUGGGGAUGCCCUCUACGAGCUCUUCCACGACCCCCGUGAGGGCCCUGUCGGCCCGAGCCCGGAUGACGACCUGUGUGUGUCUGAGAGUCUGUCUGGGCCAGCCCUGGGGACGCCGCUGUCUAUGUGCAGCUUCCACGUGGGGGCCGAGGAGAACCUGGCCCCAGCACCAGCCCCCGACCUGCUCAGCCAGGGCUUCCUGCAGAGCUCCUGGAAGGGCAAGGAGUGCCUGCUGAAGCUCUGCGACACCGAGCUGGCCAUCACCAUGGGCAUUGUCAGCUGGCUCCGCCGUGGCCCUGCACCCCGAGCCCCGCCUGCCCCCGAGGAGCCCACAGCCCCACCUGGCCCCCAGAGGGCCCCAAGGGCACGGGCAGAAAAGCUGGAGGGCAGGGGAGGCCAGGCCUCAGACACAGGGGUGCCCACGGUGUGCUCGGCAACCGGCAGGCAGGAGCGGGGGGGACACUCGGGCGCCAGAUUCCUGCUUGCUGGGGAGAGCAAGGUCCCCAUGGGCACUGCGCAGGGGCCCAGCACUCUGUCCAGACACCCCUCUUUGGAGAAAGGGACACGAGGCCGCCCUGAAGGCAUGUUCUCCUCUGUGGUGUCUGCGGCUGCUGCGACAGCAGACACUUCCAGUAAAAACAAGGCCCCGACCCCCUCUGCCUGGCCCAGCUCCCAGAAGGAGCCUGGGCCACCUGGGGACCUGGGGUGUUUCCAAGGUCCCCAGAGACCAGGUCACGGGGGAAGUACUCUGGACACAGAGCCCAUGCUCAUGGGCUGUGUCGCCCAUGUGGCAGCCCUGCAGAUACACCAGGGUGGCCAGCCCCCACCCGGGCAGCCUCUAAGGCAGGACGCAGGCAGAGGGUUCUUCGGGCAGCCCCAGGCCAAGGACCCUGACAUUCUGUGGCAGAAACAGCCCAGCAGCUCCCCCAGUGUGGCCGCCGCCCGCGACCUGCCCUCUCCGGCCAGUGCACAGGACCAGAGGUGUCGAGACCACAUCUCGGACCUGAGUAGGCUCAGGGUGGAGCCUGCUGGGCUGAGUGUCCAGGGUGGUGCCUCCAUGGAGGGCCAGUCCCCACAGCUCAGCAGGGGGGCUGUGGAACAGGUGGCACAUGGCAGUCUGCUGGACUCUGAGGCCCCCUCGGCUCCUGCUGCCUGGUGCAGCCCCCAGUGCCAUCACCCAGAAACCCCGGGCCUCACUUUGGACAGCCAGCGGGAGAGGGGGCCCCCGGCAAGUGCCCCCGAAUGCCUCAGCAGCCUCCUCACCCGAGAGGGCCUCCUCUAUGGCUAG